AGGAAAGUAGAGACCAUGUGAAAAAAGGGAGGCUAGCUGGGUUUAUCCCCCCCUUCACGCUCCCAUUGCAAACACACAGAGAGUGGGGAGACAAUCGAGCACAGACCUGCUAUUUUAUAACUGGGGUCUCUGACGUAUGGCUGAGUCUUUCCUGGCAGAGAUCUUUAUGGACCAGUAGGCAGAUCGAAACUAAAGCUGACACGACUUUGUGCAUUUUGGAAAGGAGCGUAAUCUACUGUAGUGAGGAACAGAGCCACUCAAUCACUGCGGCGGUAAAUAGGAGACAGAAGGGAAGGAAGAAAGAAGGAAGAGAGACUCUUUGCUGGGGGCGGGGAGCGAGAGCAUUUUUGGUGGAUGGUAUAAAGCCAGCCAUGGAAACUGCAGCGGAGGAAAAUACAGAACAAAGCCAAGAGAAAAAAGUGAUCACCAGACCAGAAAUGGAAAUUGGCAGGUACCAAUGGAUGUACAGGAAUUCAAGGCUACACCAGUACCAUCAUGUGCCAGCAUUGAGAGGCAAUGUUAGUCCUUUGGGGAUUCAAGGUUGCUUUGAAUGUUGCAUUAAGUGCCUGGGAGGAGUUCCAUAUGCUUCCCUUGUGGCAACUAUUCUCUGCUUCUCUGGGGUAGCAUUGUUCUGCGGCUGCGGUCAUGUGGCUCUCGCCGGGACCGUAUCGAUCCUCGAACAGCGUUUUUCCACAAAUGUUACUGACCAUGCUUUGUUAUCUGAAGUAAUAAAACUAAUGCAGUAUGUGAUCUAUGGCAUUGCAUCGUUUUUUUUCUUGUAUGGAAUUAUCCUGUUGGCGGAGGGCUUUUAUACAACAAGUGCUGUGAAGGAGCUGCAUGGUGAAUUCAAGACAACCAUCUGUGGCCGCUGCAUCAGUGGAAUGUUUGUUUUCCUGACCUACGUACUGGGGGUGGCCUGGCUUGGCGUCUUUGGCUUCUCGGCUGUGCCGGUCUUCAUGUUCUAUAACAUAUGGUCAACUUGCGAAGUCAUCAGAUCACUCCCAGCAAAUAUGACAGCUUCAGCGGACCAGAUCUGUGUGGAUAUCAGGCAAUACGGUAUCAUCCCUUGGAAUGCUGUGCCUGGCAAGGCAUGUGGGUCAGCAUUAGCAGAUAUGUGCAGCACCCCUGAGUUCUAUUUGUCUUACCACCUGUUCAUUGUGGCGUGUGCUGGAGCUGGUGCUACUGUCAUAGCCCUGAUACACUUCCUCAUGAUACUGUCCUCUAACUGGGCCUACUUAAAGGAUGCGAGCAAAAUGCAGGCUUACCAGGAUAUCAAAGCAAAAGAAGAACAGGAGCUUCAGGAUAUCCAGUCUCGGUCCAAAGAGCAACUCAAUUCUUACACAUAAAUGUUUGCCAGAAGAAUUUUGUAGCUCUGACAAAUCAUCAAGCAGCUGCACUGCAGAACAGAUGCAUGUCCAAGCAAAUGCAGAAGUAUAAAAACUUCACAUUCAUGCUCCUGGGCCAUGAUCAUAGGGAAAAUUUGCAGUGGAUAUCCUCCAUUCCUUUAGCACUGCGAUUGGAGGGUUUUAUGGGGGGGGGGGAGGGAGGGGAGAGAGGUUGUCUCUAGGCCACUUUAGAAAAACAUGUUACCAAGUCAAGGAUCUUUAUGGAUAUCUCUUGGCAAUUAUAAAAGAAUUAUUGAAGGAACACGCUCCUUUCAAAACAGGCUACCACAGUUGGUAUCCAGCCCUGCAAUGACUAAAAGAUUUUAAAGGCUGUAUAUAAUUACACAGAUGUAAGUAACUAAGAUUCUAGUAUGACUAGUUAUUCCCUUUCUUCUGAAUACUGAUAGUUGUGCUUAUUUGAUACGGUUUCAGGAAGUUACAAAUAAUCUUAUUCAGUCUCUGUCAAAAUUAAAACUGGAUUUUGUGGACUAAAUGCCAGAAGUGUUAUUUUCUGAGCCACUCCCUUUUUAUUGAUGCUGUAAUGAGCCACUGUUGUUCUACUGCACUUACCAGAGUAAGCUGGGCACUGUUGCCCAGAGUUUGUUUUCUUUUAAUUUUAUACCAUUUGAUGGAAUGUAGACAGACCUUUGGAUCAGGAUAAUGAUCCCCUUCUCAGAAAAUAAAUGUCAGCUUUGCCUUAAUAUUUAUUUUCUAUAAAUGUCUGAAGCAUUUAUAUAGCAGUGGGAGAUCAUUAUCAUGUAUUUUAUCAAAGCAGAAAGUGUUACCUUGUUGAAAUUAUACUGAUAUAAUUGUUUCAAGUGAGCAGAUAACAAUUUGUAGAACAUAAAAACCCAUAGCCAUACAGAGCACAGGUCAACCGCCCGUCUCAAUUUUGGUGCUCAGCACGUUUAUAGACAGUGCUUAUUUGUUUUCUCUUUUAAGAAAUUUGGUGUUCAGUAAAAUAUUGGGUGCCAUUUUAAAAGUGUUUCCCACAAAAUCUGCCUUCUAACAUUUUCAGAAACAUUCAGUGCUAGCUUGAGUACUAGUGAUGGUAUCUUUGGUGUGCUUUUUUUUAAAUAAAAAAUUAUAUAAAUGUUGGAGAAACUUUAAGUACAUCAGUGAGUUUUAAAUCAGUAAAAAAGUCAAGUCAUACAUCCAUGUUAAUGUGUGGUUUGAUUAGUUUUGAACGUUUGCUGAAUAUUAACAUGCUCCUGUAGCUCAUACAGAAGUGUAUAAAGAUAAAGGAAGCACAUGUUUCUUUAGAAAGUUUUUAAAGGAAAAAAAUAUUAAUGUGGAAAAAACUUCAGGUAUUACCUUGCAUUUGAAUUUGUUACAUGCCUAAUCUGACUUUCUUUUUAAAGAGGCAAAAUCUAUAUAGAGCAGAUAAAAAAUAGCUUAGUGUUUGUUUUUACCUGUUGCAUGAAGGAAACAAAUUUCUACAGCAAUGCAGGUGAUGUUCUUACUAGUCCAGUGUUUGCAUAAAGGUAACGGACAGUGUCUUAAAGCCUAAUUCUUUUCUAAUUCUAUGUAGCUAUUUACUGGGAGUUUUUUGAAGUUUUGUUUAAGUAGUCUAAUAUUUUUUAUGUAAAGAGCAUUAAAUUUUGCUAUGUAUAAAUUUUUGUAACCUAACCGUGAAUCAAUAUUUUCUAUCAGUGCCAAGGGCUUCCUGUAGUUAUAUCCAAGUGUUACAAUAAAUAUUUGUAGAUAAUAGAACCAAUAUUUGUGUAUGCUUAUUUUAAGAAGGUUUUGAAACAGUUGUAGCAGUAUAGACAGCCAUCCCAAAGCUAGUGUUUGGGUGACACAUAAUUGGAAGUUUUAGCAUCUACUGAAAAAUAUGGCAACCAAUGGACAUAGGAAGAUAGAUCUUUCCCUGCAUCUUAUCAAGAUGUGAUAUCCUUCAGUGCUAGGGUGCCUCUGGACUGGGUCUGACUUUCAAAAAGUGUGCACAUUAUUUGGCAUAUGGAUUUGCCACUAUUAGUUUACCUUUGGGGCAAAAAACAACAAUAGUGUAUUUCACAGUUCAGGUUUGAUACAGUUUGACAUAAACAUAAAUUUGUUAGUUUCUAGCUCUUAAGAAAUGAGAGCAGUCAAAUUAGCAAACACAGAUAUGCAAAAGUGUUUUGAAAGAUGCUCAUCUGCAAGGGCCUGUUCUCAGUAAUUGAUUUUGAAUCAGAGUACUAUUUGCUCAAAUUUGUCUUAGGAGAACUGCCUGAGGCAUGCCUGGCGUCUCUCAUAAGCUCACUGCAAAACUUUCCCAUUUAUAGUAUGUUUCAUUAUUUUAAUGCAGUGUGGUCAAACUACAUGAAGCCAGGAUAUAUUUCAACUUCCAAAAUCUCUGGCAUUUCAACAAAUCAGGUGCCAUCGAUUCAGCUGUACCAGCAUUUCCCACUAAUUACAAAGCUUGUAAAGUGGGUUAAUUCUUUCAUCACUUUCCCAAGGAACUGUCCUCUAAAAUGAGUUGAUAAUAUUCAAUUUUAGUGAGUUCAGACACAGUUGCCCCACUUUUUCAGGCCAGUUUCAUAAUUUAAACAUCAUAAUAGUGUAAAUCAUCGUUUUCAAUACCAUGUACUUUUAAUAGGAAGUAGUCCCAAUUACAAGCACUUAAUUUUUAAAGUGUGCUUGACUGAACUCUUGCUGAUGCCCUUGUUUGUUUUUAAAGAGUAGCUAAAGGAUGUGCAGCAGCAGGAAAUUGUAGCGUCACUAUUCAAUAAAGUCAAAAGCUGCUUAAGCACAUUACCCCAAAACUUAAAUGUCUAAACACUGUUUUCAUUCUAGAGCUCUGAGCUAUGCUUAUAUAGACAGCUGGUCAAUCAUCUGUAAAGUCUGUAAUAUAAACUCUGGAAUAAAAUAUUUCAAAUAGAUUUAAACACAGAAUUUUCUAUGACUGACGCUUUAUUUUUAAAAAAAUAUUCAUUUGUAUAACAAGGUAAAUCAACCUGAUUUGAUUGUUUCCCCCACUGCCUUUAUAAAAAGCUAUCUUUAUUGUACUGGCAUAUUCUAAACACGUAAAAUUGGUUGUUCAGGUAGGAAGCAAUUCUCUGAAACAUUGUUUCAGUAGCACUGAUAGCAACUUUGUGCCAACAAACAGCAAUGUUUCACUUUUAGUAUGUUCUUCCUGAAUUAUGCAGAUGGCAAUAUUCCAAUGUUCAGAAUCUCACCCUAGUUUGUGGUGCUUCCUCUGAUGAAAAAGAAGUCCACUUCUCUGGUCAAGCAGCCCCUGCUAAUUGAUAUUCACCAGAAAUCAUCAUCAGGCUCUCCAUGAAGAGUGGCUGCAGCACUAAAGCUGGAACACAGAUAAUAAUGAAUUUUGAAACAGUCUAAUACACUUCCUUCUUAGGAUUCUCAUCUACCCUUCCCUCACACAGCAUACACAUCAAAUCAUAAGUCGCCCAAUCAUCUAGAGGAGGUUUUUUUAGGGGAGGGAUAAUUUGAACACUUAUAGGAAUGUGGUGAAAUCUGCUUCCCCAACAUCUGCUAUCACAAACAAUCUAUAAAUAGAGACCUGCUCAAAUAAACUUAGAAUGCAAUCCAUUCUUUUGACAUUUGCUUUAAAACUUUAACAAAUCUUAAUUCAACUGCAAUACAGUAAAGAUUAUCAGACAAGUGUAAUUAGUAUGCAAUUAAAAGUGUUUAAUGGAAAGGAUUUGUUUUAAUGCAAAAAGGCCCCACUUGAUAAAAAAGCAAAAAUAAAUAUGAACCAUACAUGUCAAGCACUAGCAAGAUACAUACCUGUCCUCCUUUCCACUACCUGAGAGUUUCUCAGAAAGUACUUCAGCUUCUUUCUUGAAGUCCUAAUAGAGAAAAGAAAGUCAUUACUGGUUGCUUUUGUGUGGUCUCCACAUUCCACUGCUACUCAAAAAAACAGGAAUAUGAUUAGGUACUUAAAAUUACCCUAAGUGCUAUACAUAGAGUAGAAAGGACAGGUCACUGCCACGAUGCAUUAUCAUCUAACAGAUACAAUGCAAAAGGGAGAGGGAAUGAAGGCGAACACACACAUUCAUGUUCUAGCUUGUACAUGGCAAGGUGGAAUGGCUGCUGGAGUGGGGCAGUUCUAGGAGUGAAGGUGCUAAAUGGCAAUUGGUCUUCUUUUCUCUCUGCUUUCAACCAAUUGAAACAGCCACUGAUAGAGACACAAUCUUAUUGAUUGCAAUGGGGUUUUUUGGUCUUUAUUUCAAAAAUAGCAUGCUUAUGUCUGAACAGCUUUGUAAUGGAAUUUGUUAUCCGAAAUUUUAGUUUGGCAUAUUUCACGUGUCCUGUUAUUGGUUUUCUACCAUAGUAUGACCUUUUCCAGACAAAAUUUUGUGGUCCCCAUAGGUCUGUGGGUAAUCUUAAACCUGUAUGUUUAAACUGUUUAAAACCAGAAUGUACACACUUAAGUAUUUGCCCACUAUUUUUUCUAGUAUCAUUGCCAAAUUCAAAUGAUCUUGUAUUUGUCAAAAGUGAUCAGUGAAUAAAAGAUUAAGAAAGUA